AUGGUUUCUGAGUUCAGCAUAUUGGGAAUGUACCCUCACCGGCCUACCGGCGAGUACAGACUGCUCAUGCACUCUUCGAAAUCCGUGAAGCAGGCCUCUGUUCUUUAUGGUCCCUGCACCAGACCGUCACCUGAAAAUCAAGUUGGCUGCUACGUCCUAUCACUCGGCUCUGGUCAGCUGCCGAGGUACAUUGAGUGUGCGGAAGCCAAGGAACUGAAAUUGAGCAACAAUUCUGUGCUAUUCCGUGGUUGCUUACAUUGGUACCCAGUGCGACACGGAAGCGGCAGCAUCAUGAUAAUAGUGUUCGACACAACAGCCGAGUCGUUCCGGCUGAUGCGCGCUCCGGUUUUCCCUGGCGGCUGUGAUGACCUGUUUGAGAUGGAUGGCAUGCUCGGCAUGUCCAGCUCUAAUAAGGCAAAGACAAUCAUUCGUAUCUGGGUGCUGCGAGACUAUGAAAGCGAGGACUGGAUCUUAAAGUGCAAGAUUGAAUUGCCGGUUAUGGAGAUCAGGGUGCCAUGGGACAGUCACGAGCAUGAAAUUUUUUGGGACGUGGUGGUCGUGCCUGGGGAUGGUGAAUUGCUUGUACUGGUCAAAUAUGCGGGGCGGCUACUUCAGGUUGACAUGGAUGGCAAGUUGGUCACCACUUUCUAUCACAAAGGCGUCCGUCCUACUCAAUUACAGCUCAAACAAAGUCUUGUUCCGCAUGCUUUCUUUCCAUCACUAGAGGGUUAUGUUGUGAAUGAUUGGCCUUUCAUCUGA